AGAUUUACACAAACCGCGUCAUUGGUUUGGAAAAAGAAAAAGAUAAAGUAAGAAAAUGGUACAAUGUUCUCUGAAUCAACUAAUAAUAGAAUCAGUCCUCCUUCCUCUCAUCUUCCUUCUCUCUCUCUAGUUCAUUACCACUUUAGUUCCUUCUCUGUUUGCAUAUAUAUAUCUCUAUACAUACACACACACACAUAUUUAUACCUAUAAUUUGUCCAUAUAGCUUUAUCAGGCCCGCGAUGGAUCACCGGAAUCGGUUGAAUCAGCAAUAUCCGAACGCGAUGAACGGCAAACAACUGGUGGAUCGUCCGAAUAGGCCAUCUCCGCAGCCGGAGGCGGGUAUUUGGGGCUGGCUGGCGGCGGGUAUUGGGAACAUGUUGGUGGUGGGUAUUAAGAACAUUGUCCAGGUAUACCUCCCGCCGUCACCACCGCCGGCGCCAGCGGUUGCCAUACAGAUAAAUGUUAAUAACGAUCGCGUGGUGAAGGUCCCACGGGGGAGGGGGAAUGACGGAGGCCGUGGUGUUCAAAACAAUAGGGCUAAGGUGACUUAAUUGAGGCAGUGAUCCUGCUUUAAACUGGACUUGAUUAUAUUUUUGUUGUGUUGCCAAAGGAAAUCACUUAAUAGCUAGAUUUGUGUUAGAGAAGUUUGUUUCACAUCAGAUCAGGAUUAAAAAGGGAUUGGGAUAUAUGUUUGGGUGGCCGAGUAUGCAGUACUACUAGCUACCUAACAACUUAAGUUUUUGGAUUAAAAGUUAACAUCUGCCCUCCUUGCAAAAUGUUGUGAAUAAUGUGUGUUUGCUUUUAACUUUAAAAUAAUUAGACAAGUAGCUCCAAAUUCCAAUUCUUUUGUAAUUUCAUUGUUUCAGCAAAAGUCAGAGAAGCCUCAAGAACAAAAGGAUGAGGUAGUUUAUUCUAUGAUAUUGAAGAUGAUGAACUAAUGUCGAGGAACAUGAACUAGACUAAAAAAAAAAAUGCACAGGUGAGAAUUGAAUGAUGAGUUGAUUGAAGAGUAAUUGUUAAUUUUCUUUUGUGACAGCUCGAAAUUUGUGUUAGACAUGAGAAGUUUAAGAUCUGUUCUUCUUCCAUACCCUGUAUUUUUACUUUAUUUUCCUCUGAUUUACAAUUGAAACAACAGGUGGUUGAAUUUUCAUUUGUAAAUGAGUGAUUUAUUUAUGCACUUCAUAUAUCUUAAUUAAGCUAAGUUUGGUUGCAACUUGUUUGUA